GCUAUUUUUCUUUUUUAUUCUGUGUUGGUCAAGAACGAUAAAACAAGUUGUGACAUCCUGUCAGAUGUUUGGCACAUUACAUUGAUGGCUUGCCUCCAUGUUAUUUUUCUUUUAAUUUUCUGCUCUCCAAAAAAAUCUUGUAUUAACACACCCUUGAAUUAGCAUAUUUCUAAAAAUAUUGAAUAGUGCAUGUGUAGCUUUAAAGUAUUCUUCAAUUACACCCCUUUUUGCUGCUUGAUACGUCUGAAGAAUCCAAAAUUCAACAGUGUCUGUGAAAAUGAGAAUUCUCCCAAUGAAGCUGGAACAAGAGGAACUCAGAUGGUGAAAACUGGUGAAGCACACACAUUUGCCAACAGCUUCUCUGACAUCAUUACAAACACUGCAGGAUGUCACGACAUGAAAGGGUCAAAUUUAUUUUUCCCAGUGGCUUAUGAUCUCUUAUCUAGGCGUUGUAAACUACAGCAAUUGAUAGACUGCUCUAACAUAUUUUGGGCCAGAAUAGUUCUAGUCUGAAAAUGGCACCAAAAAUCAAAAGUCAAUUUCUUUGAAAGUCUCCAUGUUUCUAAUUUAACUGAAAAUACCUCAUCAAACCAUUCUAGUUAUAUAAUUUCAAUCUAAUACAUCAGUAAAUGACAAGCAACUGUUUUACACCCUUUUGUUUUUUCAGUUUUGUGUCCACUAGCAGAAAAUUUUCCACUCAAAAAUUUUUCACUCAAAAUAUACCAUUCAGCUUCAGAAUCAUAGAAUGGUUUGAGUUGGAAGAGACCUUGUUCCAACCCCCUUGCAGGACAAAGAAACCUUUUGCUUUCUAGGUAAUUCUCUGAGAACAUCAAUGGUGUAAUAGGACACCUUUUGAGAAGGGCGCAAAAGAAUCUCUAUAUUUUCUUGGAAAUAUCUUGAAACUCACUAAUGAAAAUAUUUACCAUCCAUGUCAUAAGACACAACAUUAAUUACUGAGAUUUUAAGCAAAUCCCCAGUGCCUAAAAUUCAUCCAGUAUUAUUAACCACCUAUUAAUAUCAUAGUCAAAGAAAGGACUGCCUCGUUUUAAGACACCAGACUAGAAAACGUAUGCUUAAUUCCCAGUUUUCUAUCUAAAUAUAUUUUAACAAGCUAUUUAAAUGCCCUGGUGCUCAGUUGCCACUCACAAAUCAUUAGCAUAAUCACCCAUUUUACAGAUGUGCUUUGUAAACAGACAUUCAAAUCCUACAAUACUAAUGGUACGAACUCAUAUAAAGAGAACUUUAUAGAAUCAUAGAAUCACUUGGUUGGAGAAGACCUUUGAGAUCAUCGCGUCUAACCAUACCUGUCCAGUACUAAACCAUAUCUCUGAGUACUCCAUUAAUUAUUAAAAUGAAGGAAUAAACAGGUAACAUGAAAAAACAGGAAAAAUAUAUAUUCUAUAGAAUACAUAUUCUGUUCUAUAGAACACUUUUUAAUAUAAUUUAAAUAUUUAGACUAUAGCUUCACUACAUUUUUCUAACUAAUUCUAAAACAUUAGCCUUACAGAAGUUCCUGUCGGUUUAGUUCAUCCAAUGAGAGGGGGAGGAGGAAGAACUCUAACUUAUUAAAAUGCUUUCUGCAAAAGUGAUGCAAUUUGAUGCUCUUUCUGGGUUUAACUGCUUACUUAAGUACUCGGUCACAAACUUUAAGCACUGUUCCAGAAUCGUGAGGAAACCCAAAAUGGAGGAAGCUGUGGAAUUCCUUUCAGAGCUCUUGAGCACAUGCUGAGCAAACCCACUUUCCUCUGGAAAGGAGAGGAUUGUGGUUUUCCAAGUUUGAUGAUGAUUACUUUUCUUUGACUACUAUUAGAUCAUGCCUUCUAGAGGCAGAUCAUCACAGCUCAGGAUUACACUUCUGAACAAGCAGGAAUGUUGCUUUUGGAAAAAAAUAAGAAACUACUGGCAUUUUGAAAAAGUAACUCAGAGAAUGAAAGAAAGACGUGAACUACAAACCUGAAUGCAACCUGAAAGGUCCAAACAGAUGAGCUCGUGACAGCCCUUUCCAGAGCCCAGGGAUCCUGCACACCCCAGCUGUGCCUCUUCAGAUCUGUACAACACUGACUAAGACUGUCCUGAAAUCACAACUGUUCCAGCUGUCACAGAAAAUAACUGGGGCCAGCUGAAUGUCAGGAUGCAAGUAGUUACUAUUACACUACUGCUUCUUCUUUGUAAAGCAUUUGACUGUAGGAAGACAAGGAAUAGGAGUCUGAGAAACAAUGAAAGGGAAAACAUCUUAAGGAAAGCAUCUAGCACUGUUAAGCGCAAUGCCCAAGGCCUCCCAUGUGAUAUAUACACUUAUCUUCAUGAGAAAUACCUAGAUUGUCAGGAAAGAAAAUUGAUUUUUGUGUCAUCUGAUUGGCCAGAGGAUUUAAAACACAUGCUGCUAGCAAGAAACAGGAUUCGUAAGUUGAAGAACAAUAUGUUUUCCAAGUAUAAAGUACUGAAAAGUCUGGAUUUACAACAGAAUGAUAUAUCGAAAAUUGAGAGUGAGGCUUUUUUUGGUUUGAAUAAACUUACCACACUCUUACUUCAGCACAACCAAAUUAAGAGUUUAUCUGAGGAGAUUUUUAUUUAUACCCCCAGUCUAAACUAUCUACGUCUUUAUGAUAAUCCCUGGCAUUGCAACUGUGAACUAGAAACUCUUGUUACAAUGCUACAGGUUCCAACGAACAGGAACUUGGGAAAUUAUGCCAAGUGUGUGCACCCUAUAGAACUGAAAAACCAAAAGCUAAAGCAGAUAAAAGCCGAACAGCUAUGUAGUGAAGAAGACAGACAGGAUCCCCAAAACAUAAAACAGAAGCCUGAAGCUGUCAAACCAGAAUUCGAUUCGUCUUUGUGCCACAUGUAUGUGUUUCCUGCCCCAACUCUGAACUGCAAAAGAAAAGAUUUAAAGAAAGUUCCAGGUAACAUACCUCCAGAUAUAGUAAGACUUGACCUGUCCAGCAACAAAAUUAGACAACUACGAGCCAAAGAAUUUGAAGAUGUCAGUGAACUGAAGAUAUUAAACCUAAACAGUAAUGGAAUAGCUUACAUUGAUCCUGCUGCUUUCUCAGGCCUCAAUAACUUAGAGGAGCUGGAUCUAUCAAACAACAGCUUGCAGAAUUUUGAAUAUGGAGUUCUGGAAGAUCUUUACUUUCUGAAAAUACUGUGGCUGAGAGAGAAUCCUUGGAGAUGUGAUUACAACAUACAUUACCUUUUCUACUGGUUAAAGCAUCACUACAACGUUCACUACAAUGGCCUAGAAUGCAAAAUGCCUGAGGAAUACAAAGGAUGGUCUGUUGGAAAAUAUGUUCGAAGUUAUUAUGAGGAGUGCCCAAAAGACAAGCUGCCCAUUUAUCCAGAAACUUUUGAUGUGGACAAAGAUGAUGAGGAAUGGGAACGACACAAAGAACAAUCAAUUCAAACAGUAAAGCAGCAUGGUGUAAUUGUCACUGUGAUAGGCUAAAAAGAGGAUUAUUUUUUUUUUUAGUACAUUCAAAUAUUUGAUAUUCUGACAAAGAAAAACAUGCUGUUUACAUUUUUGUUAAUGAUAUUGAUUGUUUGUAGGACUACCUGCCUACAAGGAUUUCUGUUUAUUGCAGUUAGCAAUUACAGAAUGGCAUUAGCUAUACCGCAUCCUUCAUCAAGUAAUUGUUUCUGACAAUUUAUCCUGGAUAUUUUUGUGAAAUAUUUUGGCAAGUAUUUGAAACUAUACAGUAGAAAUUUGUAGACACGAAUGUACAUAAUGUGGCAGGGAGGAGCUGUCAUGUGUGAAUACAUCUUAUGCAUUGACACAGAACUUGCUGCAGAAUUGUGACCAAGACAUUUUUCUUGAAUGUAUUGACAGUUCUUUGUAUCCAUCAGCUUCCUGAAAUAUUUCCAGAAAACAUUUCUACAAUUUUUUAAUCAGCUUCUUGUUGUUUUAUUGUAUAAAAAAACCAAACAAACUGAAGACUACCUUUAAUACAGUUCUCAAAAAAAAAAAAAAAAAGGAACAGCAGUCAUUAUAAUGAUUAGGAUUCAAACCCAGAAGCUGAGUUCUAGCGCACAAUGUGCUAGUGUUCCUGUUUAGUCUUGAGAGGAUAGCUUGGCCUCUGUCUCUUCUGUACCUGAGCUACCUGGAAGCAGAGGUAGCCAAGGCAUGGUUGCUUCCCAAGAUCCAUCUCCCCAUGCUCGUAUUGGCCCUGUUUGGGUUUUGCAGUAGGCAGAGCUGAAGUCCUUCAAGGAAGCAUUUUAGGUUGUUAUGUCAGUUUGGCAGAGAUUACAUGACAUCAGUUCUAGGUGAAGAACAUGUGAUGGCUGCUGUGGUGUGUGUCCAACACAUCAGUGCCCACCGAGACUGAAGGUACGUAUGCUUUUGAGUGCUCACUAAAAGUAUGGAACAUUCUCAAAGGCCACCCUUCAUCCAGCUCAUUUGUAAAAAGCACCCACAGGCACCUCCUUCUCACACAGCUGCCUAUGUGAAUGUACAUUCAUCAAAAACUGUAAUUAUUCUAAUACUAUGGUAACAGAGCUGUACAAAUGACCCAGCUAAGUAGGCAAUAUCUCAUAGGAUAAAAUUCUUUGCUUCAUAAUAUAUUGGCUAGAAGUUCUUAAAAAAAAUGUUUUUACCUAAUAACUAUUCUCAGCUUUUACAUAAUACUGUCUUGUUUUUAAUUUCUGCAUCAGUUAAUAUUGAACUAGCAGAACUAGUGCCUCUUAAAGAGGGAUAUUAUAAACCCUUUUUUUACACAUAGAAAGGGUAAGUAACUCCCCAGUCUUAUAUGGUGGACAACCAGGAGACACUGGGUUAAACUUCAGUAUUCCAAGCUCAAGCCCUAGACCAAAUUCCUGCUCUUAGAUCAGUAAGAAAUAUGUAAGUGCAGGAUAGAUAUACAGGGUUGGAACUUUAAAUAUCUGUUGGCUAUCAUGGAAGAAGUUCUUGAACACUCUGGGGAGAAAAUUUGCUCCUUUAAAGAUCUGCACACAAUUAUGGUGGUUGUGGAUUCCACUGGGUUUUAGCCACAAGCCCAAAAGGUCACACAUUUUGUUUCAGAAGUGCAAUACAAAGCACACAGUACUUUUAUGCUAACAUGAAAUAAAAGAACAACACUAAGGAAAAAUUCAGAAAUUAUUGAGGGUGGUAGGAAUGCAAGAAACUUUAAGCAAAUACAUCCUCUUAUUAACUGUAUUUUUAUGUCCUCCAUUAUUCAGGUUUGAACAUAUGUAAUGGUGCUUUACUGAAAAUUUAGCCAUUUCUUCCACAAUAUUUUCAAAAAAGUUUAUGGCAAUUGCAAUAGUACAUUACUCAUCUCUGCUCCUGGGAAUAUUUUAAGCAUUAUCUUAAUUAUUAAAGGCUAAUCCCAAUAAGACAGAACACAGAUGAAAAUGUCACUGGACCAGUAAUAUUCACUACAUGAGGCAUUUAAAAAUUAAAUAAAAAACUUAAAAGUGCUGAAAGAAAAAAAAACCUUACACAGGUAGUUGUUGUCAGCAUUAAGUACUUCUCCUUUCAGAUUCUGGAGGAUUAUUUUGGUACAGAUUGGAACUACCAGGAAUGAUUGAAAAGGACAGACAAUGGAACCACAGUAGAACAUGUGUUAUUGGCAGCACGACCGAUGCAGAGUAGGAAAAAAUGUUAGGUCAAUUUCUGCAAGCAGGUAGUAUUAAGAAAAAAAAUGUGUGGCUUGAGGUAGGCUAAAGCCUGUGUGGGAAAUGCAAUCCAGGAAAGGAAUGGAAUAUAGGGUAAAAGCUAGGUGAGAGGUUUCUGAUGUCUGUGGUCAGCAAAAUGUUAUCAGCUGAAAAAGCAGUCGAAUAAGACUGACCACAAGCAAUGCCCUAAUUCUUGCAAAUAACAAGUUCAAAGGUCCUGGAUAUUCCUAAACAGAUCAUGAAGUGUCUGUCAUGAUCAAGGAACCAAGGCUAAAACCUAUGGAUUGCAGUGAUACAUAAGGCAACUGUUCAGUAGAAGCCAGAGGUACAGGAGGCAUGUUUAAUCAGUCAGGAUUCUCAAACAGUGGCACCAGAAAAUGUUGCAUCUGCUGAAGGUUCAAGGGGGAUGAUGAGCUAAACAUGCUGCGUACAUCUAACAGCACCAGAUGUUUGCUGACAGCUAUUAUGUGUGAAAUCUAUAAGUGAGGGACAUAUCAAUGACACUUUAAAGGAACAAAGUUCAACAACUAUCCCACAAAUAAAGGUUUCAGUGUGAACUUGUGAAAUAGGUGUCAUGUCAGAAGCUCCAUGAAAGAGAAAAAUAAAUUCAAUUCUUAAGAGUGGAUCUGUCUAGACUUCUCAGAGUCAACAAGUGGAAGAACUUCUCACAGUCAAGAGAAGAACGUACUGAAGUUUUGAAUGCUGGAAUUAUUCUUGCAACUAUUUUCCUUAGAAGAUCUUUGGAACUUUCAAGGGCCAGCCAGAAGUUCAAUUCUUUUAACUAAACACACUAUAAUUUUAUUCCUUACUGUCUAAAAUUAUUGCAUAUUUCAGCUUUUGCAAUAAUACUAGAGAAUUUUUAUAAAAUAGACAUAUGCUUAUUCAAGCAGCAGUUCAGUUUCCUGUAGCAAAACAAAAGGGCAGGGGGGGCAGGAAGCCCUCCUUGAAAAACUAGCUGGAAUCUCUUAGGUUUUUCUACAUGUUGGCAUUUUCAGACACUCAUCCUGAGGAUGUGGCAGAAUAAUCAGUAACUGCAAUUGCAAAUAGCAUACCAACACAAGAAUGGAAAUAUGAGGUUGGGGCAAGCGUAACACAGGCUAGCAUGUGCUUCUAAAGGUGUUCAGUGGCAAAUUCUUUGAAAAAAAGACUGUAUGAAGAGGAAAAGCUUAUAGGAACUCUGAAGGUAGCACAGAAGGAGGCAGGCCAAGGAAAAAGACAAAAAUAUAUUUGGAAGACACACAUAUGGGAGAAAUGACUAAUAGGUGAUAAAAACUUCAGCAUUAUGGGGUUAAUGCUAUUUCUCUGAGCUUCUCCAAAAUGUACCAUAAACUACAGUACCAUGAAAUACCACAGCCACAGACCACAAUUUGAUUUUGACAUUUCUUUGUUUCUGUACUAUUUCAUCAUAUAAGUCCCUGAAGCACUUCCAUGCCUAAAAGAAAAUCAUAGGCCUUCCUCUUCCUUUAUAUGCUUUUAAAGUCUUUCGGUAAUUUCUCCCUUGAUUCCUCUUCUUUCUCUACUCAUAUCCAGAAAAUAAUUGCACAAUAGUGUCCUCCUGAUAUGCAGUAUGUGCCCUAGGAGUCCAUGAAAAUGAUUAGAGGGCUGGAGCAUGUCCCGUAUGAGGACAGGCUGAGAGAGUUAGGGUUGUUACGCCUAGAGAAGAGAAGGCUCUACAGAGACCUUACAGCAGCUUUCCAGUACUUAAAGGGGGCUAUAGGAAAACUGGGUAGGGGCCCUUUAUCAGGGAGUGCAGUGACAGGAUGAGGGUUAACGAUUUUAAGCUGAAAUAGGAGAGAUUUACAUUAGAUAUUAGGAAGAAAUUUUUUACUGUGAAGGUGGUGAGGUACUGGAACAGGUUGCCCAGAAAAGUUAUAGAAUCACAGAAUGCCAGGUUGGAAGGAACCUCAGGGAUCAUCUAGUCCAACCUUCCAAGUAAUAUAUAGUUUAAAUGAGAUGGCUCAGAGCCCUGUCAAGUUGAGCCUUAAAAGUGUGCAGUACAGAGGAAUCCACUACUUCCGUGGGGAGAUUAUUCCAAUGUUUAACUGUUCUCAUGGUGAAAAAUUUACUUCUGGAAUACAGUCAGAAUCUCCCUUGGAGCAAAUUACACCCAUUAUGCUUUGUCUUUUCCACAUGACUCCUUGUAAAAAGGGAGUCUCCAUCCUCUUGGUAGACACUCUAUGUACUGGUACAUGGUAAUAAGCUCUCCCCUAAAUCUUCUCUUCCCAACAUUGAACGAACCCAGUUCUCUCAGCCUUACUCUGUAUGGCAGGUUUCCCAGUCCUCUGAUAACCUUAGGGGCCCUUCUCUGGACCCUCUCCAGCCUGUCUGCAUCUUUUUUGUAUAGUGGGGAUCAAAACUGGAUGCAGUACUCCAGGUGCAGCCUGACAAGCACUGAGUAGAAUGGCAUAAUGACUCUUCUAUCUCGGCUGGUGAUGCCCUUCUUGAUGCACUCCAGCAUCCUGUUUGCCUUCUUUGCUGCUGCAGCACACUGUUCACUCACAUUGAGUCUGUUGUCCACCAUGAAGCCUGCAUCCUUCUCAACAGAGCUGCUCUCCAGUCUGAGCUGUACACCAGGGUUAUAUAUUACCAGGUGCAAGACCUUACACUUAUCUCCAUUGAACGUCAUAAGGUUCCUGCUAGCCCACUCUUCCAGGCUGUCCAGGUCUUCCUUGAGGGUAGCUCUUCCCUCUAGAGUGUCAACCUCCCCACUCAACUUGCUGUCAUCUGCAAACUUCACCAGGGAAGUUGUGGAAGCCUCAUCCUUAGAGGUGUUCAAGGCCAGGUUGGAUGCGACUUUAAGUCCACCUAGUCUAGUGGAAGGUGUCCUUCCCAUGGCCAGGGGUUGAUCUUUAAGGUCCCUUUCAACCCAAAUAAUUCUAGGAUUCUAUGAGUGUUUUCUUAAGGGAUGAGUGACAGUUUGGUACAGAAGCAGUGUCCCUUACUCUACACAGCCUACAUGAAACACCAAAAAGAUUAUUGUGCACUGAACAGUGCUGUGACAGAAAGCAGGAAAAAUGGAUAGGUCUGUCAAUACUGUGACUACUACCCAGAAUAAAACAUUUCAAAAGCUUCUGAGCAAAUUUUAGUUCCUGCACUAUGAAUAUAAAUGGAAGAUUUUAAAUGCAAUCCCCAGUCACACAUGGAAAACAAAUGAUUCUCUAAGAUCACUGAGUGGGUGGAAUAAUGCCACAAACAGCUGAGCUGUAAUCCAUGCAUCUCAUACUCAUUUUUAUUUGCCAUAAUAACACAUUCAUUUGCCAAAGACAAUCUGAGCUGGAAGCAUAUAACAUUCAUAUGUAGGUAUUAAACAAUGACUAUUGUCAUUGUAUGCAUCCACUAUAUACCAAAGCUGUUGUACGUAAAAACAAUUUUUUAACAUUGCAGCUAAUUCAUUUACAAAAAAAUAUGAACACGAUUAGCCAGCCAAACAGACCUAAACCCCAGUUAAUAUCAUUGUUGUUUUAUCAUUAACAAUGAAAACAUGUUGCCAAAAUCUGUGUAAUCUUGGAUUUAUUUAGAAAGAUGAGGUCAGAACUGUAGCUUGGGGAAGUUCAAAUGGAAAGGUUCAUCACAUCUGUAGCCUAUAACCAGACAUUUCAAUGCAGUUUGUUAGUUAAAGAAAUGUCAAAGGAAGAGGAUUUCAAUAUAAUUUUCAAGCAUUAAAUAAACACAAGAGAAGCAGUUUUGCAGCAACUUUAAACCAUCCACAAAAGCUUCAAAAGUAUGGCACAAAUAGGCUCUAUGAUCAAUAUAAAUGAAUUUUAACAGAAGAAAUGUUAAUAAUCUAAAUCGUACUCUAAUAUAAAUGUGUUUCAUUCUUAAAAAGUACUACUAGGUACCUUUAAAGUUAGAAGAAACUGCUUUAUAAAUCAGCUUUCUAAGAGGCCCUCUGUAUCAUGACACAUGAUUUAUCACAAUUAGGUUAAAAUUAAUAGCACUGCAUAGAUGUAAAUGGAUAUAAUCUUUGAUUUUUGAGUCUAUAGAAAACAAAUUAUCAACAAAAAUGGAAAACACAUAGCUUGUAGAUAUACAGAUUGAAUUUAGCGUCUUUGAUAUGUAAGAUAAAUGGAAAUGCAUAGCGAUCACCAUACUGAUAUUCCAGCUAAUACAAAUGACAUGUUGAUAGUCCAAGUUAAAUUAUUUAACUAGAUGCAAAUCAGUUAGACAACAUGAUAGAAAAGGCAGUGUAGAUAUAAAAUUUAAUUAUAGCAGAACUGUUUUUUACAAGUUCUUAGCUUUAAACACUAUAAAUACUACUAUGCUUUUAGUUUUGUACUCAAACACAUAAGGAAAACAAAAUCAUAAAAGGAUUUAACAUUUCUGAGUACAGUCCCCAUAAUGGCAGUGACGUGGCUGUGUAUUAUUUAUUCUGGCUUCCUUUCUUUAUUAGCUGCCAAAGUUCAUUCUAACAUUAAAUUAAAUUAUUUCACUAAAAAAACUUGCAUGCUGAUAUUAUUAAGAUUGUGAUUGUAUCCUGUGAUUUAAAAGCCAAGACCAUGACCAAAUACACUUUUUAUUCUUGGCCAAUUGUUCUUUUCCGCCACCAAGUUAGAGAGCAAAUUGUUCUCAUCCUUAUUUAUACAAUCACUUUGUAAAACAAAAGAAAACAUACUGAAGUUUUUAUGGGCUGCAUCAAUGAUUUCCAUUGUAUGUUAUCUGAUUAAACAGUAAAUGCAUUAUUGUCUCAAAACAUCAAAAUACACUUUUUAUUUGGAAAAUAAAAUUUUUCUUUUCCUCUGAUGACAUGGUCACAUGUACUUCCACACAUAUAAUUAGGAAGGACUAAGAUGCUUUUCUGAAUCUAAAGGGGCUCUGUUUUGUCAGCAGACUCAAGUACAUACCAUUUAUGCUAAAACUUGAACACCAUGUUAAUAUCUUGGACCAUGCUUGGGUUUUCUUUUUUGCGUCUGCGGCUCCCCAGACAGAAAGCAAGCUUAGCAGUAAAGGACCUGGGAAUCCUGGUGGACACAAGGUUGAACAUGAGCCAGCAAUGUGCCCUUGCCAUAAAGUAGGUGGAUGCUAUCCAGGGCUACAUUAGGAGAAGAGUUGCCAGGAGGUCAACAAAGGUGAUCUUUUCCCCUUUACUCGGCACUAGUGAGGCCAUACCUGGAGUACUGUAUCCAGUUCUGGGCUCCCCAGUACAAGAGAGACAUGGACACUACAGAGAGAGACCAGCAAUGGGAAAAAAAAAAAAAAAAGAGGAUUAAGGGACUGGAACAUAUUUCCUAUAAGGAAAUGGUGAGAGUACUGCAACUGUUCACCUGGAUAAAGCUCCAGGAGCUGUUACCAAGGUAUAGAAAUACCUGAAGGAUGAGUGCAAAGAAGAUGGACCCAGGUUUUUUCAGUGGUGCCCACUGACAGAGGAGACAGAAGGCAUUGGGCACAAACUGAAACACAAGAGGUGCAUCAGGCAAUGCUUUUUUUCCUAUGAGGGUGACCAAGCACAGGUUGCCCAGGAAGACUGCGGAAGGGUGUUGAGCUGCUGGACCAUGUCCAGAGAAGGGCAACAAAGCCGGUGAAGGGUGUGGAGAAACAAGCUUUAUGAGAAGUGGCUGAUGGGAGUGAGGCUGUUUAGCCUGGCUGAGGGGAAAUUGGUCUGUGAAGGCAGAAGAAACAGCACAAUACCUUGGAUACUGCCAUGUGCCCAGACUGAGCUCUCUACCACAGAUAAUUUCAUUUGAGUUGCUCCUAUUUUUUAAUUUAUGUAGCUGAGAACAAGUCAUAUUCUGGGAUAAAACUUUUAUCUUAGAUGUUUCUCAUUUGUAAAAUAAA